CAAUACUGCAUACAGCUGAGAAACUGGCAAGGAUCCCUGGUGCUGCAUUGGCAGCCUACGAUAGCGGGAGGCAGAGAGAGUGGAGGAGAGAGAGAGAGAGGGAUAGAGAGAGAGAGGAAGAGGGAGCUUACAGUAUUGCCACUGAGUGCUGCUUGCUGCUGCUGCUGUGCUGUGCUGUGCUGUGCGCUGCACUGAGGAGCUUUCUCACUGGGACUCAGCCCCGUGUGUGGAACUACUGCAUCUGCUGCAGUCAGGGAGAAACAGACAGGGGAGGGAAAGGAGGAAAAAAGAGUGAGUGAGAAAGAGGAAGAACACAGAGAGCAGGAGGAAGACGUGGGUCGUGGGAGUAGUCUGUGGGAAGGAGCCAGUUCUGCCGGGGGCAGGGAUUGUUUCUUGAGGGGGUAUCUGUGCUAGUAUGUUAGCGCACUCUGCAGGGUUGGCUAAACACCGGGGACUGUAACAGCACCUCAGUGCACCUGCUUCAGACAGGCUUCGGGCGAUGCGGAGCGACUGAUGCCUGCAAUGGCAGACCUGGACCUGCAGGCCCUGAUACCACCACCCCUCCAGCUCUCCAGCCAGCGCCAACACCAACACCCCCAGGCCCAGGGGCCCAACCCGAGCAUCUGACCCAGCCCGACCUUCUCCUCUGGCCUUCCUCCUGGCUUCACUCUGGGCCCACCAUGGGAGGAUGCCUCUCCAAACCCAAACCAGUAGAGGUCAAGGUGGAGCUCACCCUGCUGGACAAAGAGAAAGAGGCCGACGUGAUGUCUCCCAACGGGAAGGCCAGCCCCUUCUCCGACUGCCGACCCAACGGCGCCCUGGGUCACUGCUCCGAUGAGGACGCAGCGGCCACCUACAGGACCUCCCACAAGCCCCGGGACUACGUGGAGGCUGCCGUGUGUCAUGUGAAGGACCUAGAGAAUGGACAGAUGCGAGAGGUAGACCUGGGGACAGGCAGGGCUUUGCUCAUCAAGGAGCACGGAGAGUUCUCUGCCAUUGCACACAAAUGCCCACACUAUGGGGCACCAUUGGUCAAAGGUGUCCUAUCCAAAGGGCACGUUCGGUGUCCGUGGCACGGUGCGUGUUUCAACAUCGCCACGGGGGACAUUGAGGACUUCCCAGGCCUUGACAGCUUACCCACCUUUCAGGUCAGAGUUGAAAAGGACAGGGUGAUCAUUCGAGCAAACAAGCAGGCUCUUCAGACACAAAGGCGGACAAAGGCCAUGUCAAAAUGUUCAGCUGUCAUCAACUCGAACACAGGCUUCAGCCAUGUUCUUAUCAUUGGAGCAGGCCCAACUGGACUGGUCUGUGCUGAGACAUUACGACAGGAGGGCUUCACCGAUCGCAUCGUCAUGUGCACAGUGGACAAGCACCUGCCCUAUGACAGACCAAAACUGAGUAAGUCCCUGGAGAGCACGGCAGAACAGCUCAGGCUCCGCUCCACUGAGUUCCUGCAGACCCAUGAUAUUGAGUUGCUCACAGAGAAGGAGGUUGUGUCUGUGGAUGUGAAGAUGAAGACUGUGACUUUUCAAGAUGGCUUCAAGAUGGAGUACAGAAAGCUGCUUAUUGCUACAGGAAGCAAGGCCAAGCCACUAAACUACAAAGGAAAGGAAGUAGAGAAUGUGUUCCACCUCCGGAGCCCAGAGGAUGCGAACCACAUAGCUCGGCUAGCCAGCAAUAAAAACGCUGUCAUCGUGGGAACAUCCUUCGUAGGUAUGGAAGUGGCUGCAGCCCUCACAGACAAGGCCCAUUCAGUGUCAAUCAUUGGAAUAGAAGCAGUCCCCUUCCGGAAUGCUCUUGGAGAGAAAGUGGGCAAGGCCAUGAUGAAGCUCUUUGAGACCAACAGGGUCAAGUUCUACAUGUUGAAUGAGGUGUCAGAGAUGCGUGGCCAUCAUGGACAGUUAAAAGAAGUUGUCCUCAAAAGUGGCAAGGUCUUAAGAGCUGAUGUGUGUGUCAUUGGUGCCGGUUCUGGUCCAGCCACAGCGUUCCUGAAACAAAGUGGUGUGCACAUGGACUCAAAGGGCUUUAUCCCUGUCAACAAGAGGCUACAAACCAACGUGGAAGGAGUGUUUGCGGGGGGAGACGUGGUCACUUUCCCUCUCUCCCUGCGCAAUAACAAAAAGGUGAACAUCCCUCACUGGCAAAUGGCCCAUGUACAUGGGCGGGUGGCAGCUCUCAACAUGAUAGGAAGACCCACAGAGGUGAAGACAGUGCCUUACUUUUGGACUGCCAUGUUUGGGAAGAGCAUACGCUAUGCAGGAUACGGAGAUGGGUUUGAUGAUGUCGUCAUCCAGGGAGAUUUGGACGACCUGAGAUUUGUUGCAUUUUACACAAAGAGUGAAGAGGUGGUGGCUGUGGCAAGCAUGAACUAUGACCCCAUUGUGUCGCGAGUGGCCGAGGUGUUUGGCACGGGAAAGACGAUUAAGAAACGUGACGUGGAAACAGGGGACAUGUCUUGGUUAAUCGACAAAGGCUCACAGUGAAGUUCUCAUUGCCUUUAAAAACACAAGGCUACCAGUGACAGCUGAAAAGUUCAAGGGUGUGGGAAGACUGGGGGGGUACCCAAGAGACACUCGAGGUGCCUAAUGAACAAGCGGCUUGGCUGGAGGCAGAGGAGAGCGGAUAGCGGAGUGUCGGUGUGCUCCAGCCCAGGGACGUCAUCUCAAUGAGGGCCCCUCUGCUCCCCCCCCCCCCACACACACACACACUGCGCUGUACAUACUCAUCUGCUUAAGGACUUCACACUCCACAAUGAGCCAUACAUGAAUUUGGAGCUAGAUAUUGGUACGGUCCUGAUUUUCUCACAUUUGUGUGCCGGCAGAGCAGAGCAAUACGACUAAGUGUGGAGGCAUUGCUUGUGCAUGAUGUAACUACCUGUACACUUUUUUGUUUAUAUAAGGGUCGGAUAAGGGUAUUUUUUUGUACAUGCCACUUGUGUAUAGCUGUAACCUAAUUGCAUUGCAUCGUAACUGGACCAUACAAUUUCUACUGACCUUUUGAGAUUUUGUUUUCUCUUUUCUUUCGUUUUUUGUUUCUUACUUGUCAGACCUAGGCCCAUUUGUGUUUAUCAGCCUAGUGGACUGUGCAGAAAGUAAGGGCCCGAUGCAUUCAGUUUCACAUGCACAACUUUCAUACAGCCAAGUGACUUGCAUAGAUGCCAUAAUGUCCUCCUAAUUCUAGAUGCCAAUUGAAUGCCCCCCACCCUUCCCCCACAAAAUAGCAUGGGAGCCACACAAGUGGUAAUAUUGCUAGCAUAAUGUUCCUUCAUGGAAUACAAUGUACCUCUUGCUAAUGGUAACCUUUGUUGCCUUGCUAGUAAAUUGCACAAAAAAAACAGAAUACUCAAAGAUACAUUCUUAUCAAUAAUAAUGUUAGUGUAAUAGAAUUACAUAGGCUUGUACUUCUUUAAUUGAUUGUUUUCUAGAUGGUAUGCAAUAAUGCCUGAAUGCUAUUUUUGGUAGAUGAUGCCUCCUAUGGACACUCUUUGGUACUAACUCAGGGAGCUGAGGUUUGUGGCCUGGUCAUAUCGGGAUUGGUCCUAUUGCAAAACAAAAUAAAUUUGUUGCUUCUA